ACCUGGGACGGAAACACUAAUAGAAAAUCAGAGAGCACGGCGUGCAGGCAGGACGUCAGUUUGGAGUUCCGAGGAAGACCCUGAGGGAAAUUCGUAGCGCUUCGCUAAGUUGCGGAGCGUAGUUACUGGUAGAGCUGUGGGUUCCAUCCCUAGCACGACUUCCAAAGAUGAAGGUCGCAUGGAUGGUUUAGGUUGUCAUUCAGCAACCCCUAGGGAGAGCUGGGGAAGAUUUGGGCUGGGGAAGUGGUUCGUUGUUAAUGCGCACGCGUUGUUAAAAGCCAGGCAUAUCAGAAUCCCAGCACUCUGGAGGUAGAGACCGUUGAUUCCUCAGCCAACUAACAGGCUAGACUAGUUCCUGUGCCUGGUGGCCAGAGAGUGGAAUGGGAGAGCCAGGGGCAUCCAUAGCAUGAGUGAGUCCAUGACCCCGGGCGGCAGUCCCAAGAGAAGAACACUGUUAGAGUUCCUCGCAGACCACUUCCAAGACGUCCAGACUCUGAGAGAAUACUUGCUCCAGAAACAGAUACGGAAAGUGAACCAGGAGAAUCGAUCCUACAGUGGCAUCCAGGAGAGGUAUGGCCCAUAUGUCAGCGGUGCUUUCUUCAUCCUGAACCAGGGAGGCGCAGUGAAGUUUCAGGACAAGGAGUGGAUCCUGCAACAUGAGCGCAGCCGCUUUCUUGCCGAGUUCCAGAAGUUCCAGAACAUACCUGUGGAGGCUGUGGAUGCGAGCGGCUGUGCCAUCAAUUACCAGGGCAUGAGUAACCUCCUGCCCCUGAAGGAGCUGCGCUCCCUGUCGCUGCAGCGCUGCCCCAACGUGGACGACUGGUGCCUUGGCCGCCUCCACGUGCUGGCCGCCUCGCUGCAGGAGCUCUCGUUGGCCGGCUGCCCCCGAGUCUCAGAGCGGGGCCUUGCCUGCCUCCACCAUCUCCAGAACCUCCGCAGGCUGGACAUCUCAGGCCUUCCUGCCGUAUCCCACCCAGGCCUCACUCAGAUAUUGGUGGAAGAGAUGUUGCCCCAUUGUGAGGUCCUUGGAGUUGACUGGACCCAGAGUCUGAAGCCAGGGGCAGACCAGCAGCCUGAGGACACACCAAACCCCCUCUCUUCCUAGUGGCCCCACUCGUGAGGGCUCUGUGGACUCUGACAUCUCUCGCUCUGGCUUCCAGUGGAGUUUAUUCAGGGCAGGGCAGCACUGGCCAGACUGAGGCAUUGGCAGCCUGGGCAGACAGCCUCCUGCACAGCUGCAUGCAGCUCCAUGGUUUCUCCCUAGCCCUGUCUGCGAAGAGGAACCCGAACUGUCCACACACAGGCCCGCGGGGACUGUGGCUGACCUGAGGCGGUGCUGCCCUUUGUAGCGAGUUGUUCCCUGUGCAGGCUGGUCCACAAGGUGGCCAGCGUCCUUGGCCCACGUUCACUGACGACCAGCAGCACCCCAAGCCCUAUGGCAUUGCCCAUCGGUUUACUGACUUGCACGUUCAAAUGCGGGGGUUGAGGAAAUGUCCUCCUUGGCUGGCACAACAGACUCUGUCAGUAGCGGGCGCUGGAGGGAAUCCAAAUGGAAGGCGAGGGCCGUGUGCAGCCGAGCAGGGUGUGGCGGGCCGUGGUUCCCCAGCACACAGCUCCCACAUCCUGGGUGGUCAGCAGCUUCCCUGGCACCGUUACCGGUGACUGACUCCGGGGACCCAUGUUGCCAGUGGCUGCCUCAUGCCACCGGUGCACCGAGUAAAUGUGGGAUAUCUGUAUUAAACCCUGUGUUCCUGGUA